AUCGUUCUAUCUCGUCGCUCCAACGUCUUGGCAAAAGAAAAAUCUUGUCAGCUAGAAAUUUUGGAAUCUUCUCUCUAGAAGAAGAGUUCAAUGCUCUGCCCAACGUAUACACCAACUAUUUACCACUUUCAUACGCAAAAGCCGGUUUUUCGGAAACCGAGGUUUCGGGUUUGUUCAUCUACUUCUAGUGAGAAUGACAGAUUCAAAGUAGAGUACACUCCUUGGCUUAUCGUUGGGUUGGGCAAUCCAGGAAACAAGUAUCAUGGAACAAGACACAAUGUUGGUUUCGAGAUGAUCGAUGUGUUGGCUAGGAAAGAAGGGGUUUUGAUGAACACGAUACAGUCGAAAGCACUAAUCGGAAUAGGUGCUAUUGAAGAUGUACCUAUCUUGCUGGUUAAACCUCAGACUUAUAUGAACUUCAGCGGCGAAUCGGUUGGAUCUUUAGCUUCACACUACCGAGUACCAUUGCGCCACAUUUUAAUGAUUUACGAUGAGAUGGCUUUACCAAAUGGGGUUUUGAGACUUCAACCGAAAGGAGGUCAAGGCUAUCACAACGGAGUGAAGAGUGUAAUGGGGCAUUUGGAUGGUCGUCGAAACUUUCCUCGUUUAAGCAUAGGCAUUGGUAAACCACCUGGAAACAUGGAUAUGAGAGCUUUUCUUCUUCAGAAGUUUAGUCCAUUGGAACGGAAACAGAUCGAUGAAGCACUCGAGCAAGGAAGUGAAGCAGUGAAGACUCUUGUGCUUAAUGGAUUCAAUCAAGGAAUUUCGAGAUUUAAUCUUGUGCAGAAAUAUAAAUUCCACAAAGUAUAGAAUGUGAUUACAAUGAUAAGUUAACAGAUGCAAGCCUUUUGCUUUGAUUUUCAAAAAGCAACCAUGUAGAGAUAUUCAGAUUGGUGUAGCCUUUUCAUUUUAUUGUUUCAGACUUUCAGGAAUCACACUUUGUUACCAGGUCUGAAUCAACUUGCUUUAAGCUG